AUGAUACUCAGCAAGCCAAUCUACUUGACAUUUAGAAAGAAAACACCAGAGACCGGGCCUUUAGACCUUUGGAUUACGUCUGGGAUACACGUUGUUGAGUUUUGUCUCGGCCUAAUAUCCAAUACUAGCUCUUACCUGCGACUCUGGGCAGUGUCGCUAGCACAUGUUCAGCUUACAACUGUUCUGCAUGAAUUUACACUAGGAAGCAGCAGCUAUGCCGUGAAAGUUUUGACGUUUCCAAUUUAUUUAAGUGGAACACUGACGCUACUAAUCGGAUUGGAAGGGUUGAGUUCUUGUCUCCACGCCUUGCGACUCAACUGGAUAGAGUUUUUUUCGAAAUUUUACUCAGGCGGUGGAACAUUGUUUGAGCCUUUAAAUUUCAAAAUUAAGGAGCCUGAAGAUUAG